AUGCUUCAUAUAGUGUUUGUUACUUCGGUGCUCUUUGGUAUCGCAACGGCGACGUCGACGGCGACGAGUGAUUCGACUACUAGCUGCAAGUGUUUCCCGAGUGAUGAAUGCUGGCCUUCAACGGGCGAGUGGGAUGCACUGAACACCACGGUGAGCGGCCGCCUCAUUGCGACCGUUCCCCUUGGUGCGCCAUGCCAUGAUCCAAGUUAUGAUAAAUCGGCAUGCGAAGGUUUGCAGGGCGGGUGGCAGUAUGAAGAAGUGCAUUUCAACUCUUCGUCAUCAAUCAUGGCACCCUUCUUUGCCAACCAGAGCUGUGAUCCAUUUCAGCCUCAGUCACAGCCAUGCAAACUUGGCAACUAUGUCCACUAUGCAGUUGACGCAACCGGCCCAGCUGAUGUACAGAUGGCAAUCGCAUUUGCGCGGCGGAAGAAUAUCCGCUUGGUUAUUCGCAACACUGGUCAUGACUAUCUGGGCCGUUCAACGGGAGCCGGGGCUCUGGCAAUUUGGACUCAUCACCUGAAAAAUAUUGAGUUCAUCGACAACUGGGAAGGCUCGGAAUACACAGGCCCGGCCGUCACACUAGGCGCAGGGGUCCAGGGUUUCGAGAUCAUGGAAGCAGCACGGGACCGGGGACAGAUCGUUGUUGGCGGGGAGUGCCCCACGAUUGGCAUCUCUGGAGGCUAUACCCAAGGAGGUGGCCAUAGUGCGGUGAGCACUAGUUUCGGUCUUUCUGCCGAUAACGUUUUGAACUGGGAAGUGGUCACCGCUGCUGGGGAGUUGAUCAAUGCCAAUGAAACCGAGAACCGGGACAUGUUCUGGGCCUUGAAUGGCGGCGGUGGAAACACUUACGCGGUUGUUGUGUCCAUGACCGUCAAAACUCAUCCUGACACUGUGGUUGGUGGUGCCACCUUGUCCUUCUUUGCGACCGACAACUCAGCAGACAAGUUCUACGGCGGUAUCCAGGCAUUCCAUAAGGCUUUGCCGAGAAUAGUGGACGCCGGCGCCAUGGUCGUUUACUACUUCACCAACACGUUCUUCAUGAUUUCGCCCGUGAACGCCUACAACAAGACCAAAGACGAGGUUGAGGUCAUCAUGUCACCGUUCGUGCAGGCUCUGGAUUCACUGGAUGUGACCUACACUGCGUCCUACAACAUGUCUGCAACCUAUUAUGACCACUACGACACAUAUUUCGGCCCGCUUCCUCUCGGAAAUAUUCAAGUCGGCAUUGCGCAAUAUGGUGGGCGGCUCAUUCCCCGAGCCGUGGUUUCAAACAUUUCCGAUACUAUGAAGAGCAUCGUGGAGCAGGGCGUGACUUGGAUUGGUGUAGGCACCAACGUCAACCCCUUCGGAACGACAGAAACCACCUCUGUCCAUCCAGCUUGGCGCGAGGCCAUCGUCCACGCUACAUUGACCACGCCUUGGAACUUUACGGCACCAUGGGAAGACAUGAUUGCGCUACAAGACCUCAUGACUGAAAAGAUCAUGCCGGAGAUCGAAGCAGCCACGCCCGGUAGCGGCGCAUAUGCCAACGAAGGGGACUUUCGGCAGGCGAACUUCCAGGAUGCGUUCUGGGGUUCCAACUACCAGAGGCUACUGGAUAUUAAAAAGAGGUGGGACCCGACUGAUUUAUUAUAUGCCACAAAGGGUGUUGGCAGUGAGGCUUGGACUAUUUCUGAUGAUGGAAGGAUGUGCGCAACUUUAUAA